AUGGACAAUCGCAAAUCCGUUCUCAUAACAGGAUGCUCGCCAGGCGGUAUAGGCCACUCCUUGGCUCUCGAGUUCCAGCGGCACGGUCUUCGCGUCUUUGCGACGGCUAGAACUAGAAAUACUCUCACCGACCUCAAGGCGCGAGGAGUCGAGACGUUGGAUUUGGAGGUCGACAAGGAACAAAGCGUGCUAAGCUGCCGAGACGAAAUAGCAUCUCUUCUGGAAGGGAAGGGGCUGGAUUAUCUGGUUAAUAAUGCGUCAGUACAGAGCCUCUUCGCUGUCACCAAAUGCUACUACACCGUACCCGCGCUCGACGUGGAUCUCAAUGAAGCGAGACAGGUUUUCGAAACCAAUUUCUUCGGUGUGAUAAUGAUGUGCCAGGCCUUUGCGCCCCUUCUCAUCGAAGCCCAGGGCACAAUUGUUCAAAUCGGCUCGCUAGCAGGAAUAUUACCUUAUGUCUUCGGCUCCGUGUACAAUGCCUCCAAGGCCGCGCUGCACUCUUUCAGCGACACACUUCGAGCAGAACUUGCACCGUUUGGCGUCCAUGUAACGACUAUCAUCACCGGUGGCGUGCAAUCCCGGAUCGCCCGCGUAGAUCGCGCCCUUUCUCCAACCUCCCUAUAUCAACCUAUCCGCGACGACUACGCCCGUCGCGUUACCCACAGCCAACAUGGCGCCGUGCCCAAUGAGGUGUAUGCGAAAACGGUAGUCACACAGAUUCUCUACGGCUCAGCGCCGUGGAGGUGGAUAUGGCCUUGGAGCAGAGGCCCCGGGCGGAAAAAGUGGAUCUGGGCAGGGAAUAAAGCGAACCUGAUAUGGUUUCUGAGUGCGGGAUGGGCUUGGAUAGGUUUGUUCCAGUGGGCGUUAAGUCGGAUGUUUAAUCUGGGGAAGUUAAAGAGGGUCUUCUCAGAGGAGAGGAAAAAGGCGAAAAAACUAUGA